AUGGCAUUCUUCCUGGGUUGGAUCACGGUGUUUCUGACGGCGAUGGCCUGCCGAGUGCAGGCAGCGUCCCUCUUUGCUCACUUCAUGGUUACCAACUCGGCCAACUAUACACCUCGUGACUGGGAGGACGACAUGAAGCUGGCGCAGGAUGCACAUAUUGAUGCCUUUGCACUGAACAUGGCCUACAAUGAUCCGACAAACAUAAAGUCUCUCCCUGCCACUUUUUCAGCGGCAGACAGCGUCGGCUUCAAACUCUUCUUCUCGUUCGACUAUGCUGGAAACGGCAACUGGCCAAAGAGCGAUGUAAUCAACCUGAUUAAUCAAUAUAGCGCGCAUUCUUCGUACUUCUUCUACAAAGGAAAAGCGUUUGUGUCCUCAUUUGAGGGCCCUGGUCGUGCCGAUGAUUGGCAUACGAUCAAGUCUGAGACCGACUGCUUCUUCAUUCCAAGUUGGUCUUCCUUGGGCGCCUAA